CCCAGUCCCCCGUGAGGGGCUUGUCAGAACAUCAUGCAGGAUCCAAAUGAAGAUACAGAAUGGAAUGAGAUUCUAAGAGAUUUUGGCAUUCUUCCUCCAAAAGAAGAACCAAAAGAUGAAAUUGAAGAAAUGGUUUUACGUUUACAAAAAGAAGCAAUGGUUAAACCAUAUGAAAAGAUGACACUUUCAGAAUUGAAAGAAGCUGAAGAUGAUUUUGAUGAAGAAGAUAUGAGAGCUAUUGAAAUAUACAGAAAAAAGCGUUUACAGGAAUGGAAUGCACUUAAGAAAAAACAAAAGUUUGGGGAAUUAAGAGAAAUUUCUGGAAAUCAAUAUGUGAAUGAAGUCACAAAUGCAGAAAAAGAUUUAUGGGUUAUAAUUCACCUAUACCGAUCAAGCAUCCCAAUGUGUUUGUUGGUUAACCAUCAGCUUAGUCUCCUAGCAAAAAAGUUUCCAGAAACUAAAUUUGUUAAAGCCAUCGUGAAUAGCUGCAUUCAACACUACCAUGAUAACUGCUUACCAACAAUUUUUGUUUAUAAAAAUGGUCAGAUAGAAGGCAAAUUCAUUGGUAUUAUAGAAUGUGGAGGGAUAAAUCUCAAGCUAGAAGAACUUGAGUGGAAGCUAGCUGAAGUUGGAGCAAUAGAGACUGAUUUAGAAGAAAAUCCCAAAAAAGGCAUUGCAGAUAUGAUGGUAUCUUCAAUUAGAAGCACUUCUAUUUAUGAUGAUGGUGACAGCUCAAACAGUGAUAAUGAUACCAAAUAGAAAUAUUUAAUAAAUUGUGUUAAAGUG